GGCAACACUGUUACUGUCCAAGUUUGAAUAAUAAACAUGUCAAAUCCACAAUAAUUAGUCAAGAAUGACUAUUAUCCAAAUUAUGCCAUUUAAGAAUUAUGUAAAUUAAGACACGGUUCGAGUUCUUGAAGUGCUUUCGGUCUAGAAUAACUAUGAAUAAUUCGUAGCCAUGGCAGAUGUGAAAGAAGUUCAAGGGAGCGGUUUGAAUGAGUUCGGAAGUGCCGAAGUUGCACAGGAGAGCUCCAUAGACGAAUUUGAAGCUCCAGAAGCGCGAUUCGAGUGCCCAAUUUGUUUGGCUUGGCUUAGAGAUCCAGUACUUACCUCUUGCGGGCAUCGGUUUUGCAGGAAUUGCAUUCGAGAAUGGUUAGAAAAGGAAGAUGCGUGCCCUGUUGACAAUAUAAAACUGAAUAAGGACAAAGACAUUUUUCCUGACAAUUUUACCCGGAGGGAAAUAUCACAACAGAGAACAAAAUGUCCAAAUAUUCUGAGAGGGUGUUUAAAGGAGCUGUCUCCUUUAGAUGUGGAUACUCAUCUAUUAGUGUGCGAAUUCAGGCCCCCAGAAUUGCCUGAUCACGAAAAGCUUCGCUGUGUGUUUGUAAAUGUGGGUUGUUAUGAGAAGUUCGAAGAUGACCCAAACUUACAAAGGCAUCUUGAGCAAAACGUUCAGCAACAUUUAUUAUUGUUAUCACAUGCCUACUCAAAAGCCACCUUAUCCCAAAAUAAUAGCGAAAGUGCUAGUUCAGCAUUGGCGCAGGCGAACUUUUGGGAUCCGCCAUCCAAGAACGAAGCAUCUGGUAGUCCGUUAGGUGAAGACGAAAAUUUGCAAAAUCUCCUGAAAGCUUUAUAUGAAAAGAUCAUAUUUUUGGAACAGAAAACCAGAGAACAGGAUAUUAUUAUUGCCAAUAUGUCGGAACAAAUUUCAAACCACUCGAGCACAAUUUCGAAUUUCCAGCAGAGAUAUUGCAACGGCUGCUUCAUAUGGCAUUUUAAUGACUUCAAGAACAAAAUCAAGGCAAUGCGGGAAAAUCCACGAAUCAUGCAUUACAGCCCAGGGUUUUAUACCAGUGCUUAUGGUUACAAGCUGUGUCUUAGAAUAAAUCUGUCUCCAAAAGAUUUGAACUAUUUGGCGGUUCUUAUUCACCUAAUGAAAUCGGAGCAUGAUCAAGCAUUGGACUGGCCAUUUUGCGGCAGACUGACCGUUACUAUAGUACAUCCAAUCCAGUGCUAUAAAAAUAUGAAAGAAACGAUGAUGUCGCGACCAGAACUUCAGGCUUUCAACCGUCCUAUUCACGACUUAAAUCCAAAAGGAUUUGGCUAUACAGAGUUUGCCUCUAUUGAGGAAUUGUAUGACCAAGAAUUCAUUACUAGCAAUCAACUGAUUAUCAAAGUCAAUGCGCAUCCCGUAUGAUAUAACUCGAAUAAUUUAAACAUAUCAGAGAAAGAAAAAAGUAUACAAUGUGCAGUAAUGCAAAAAUAUAUAUAUAACGCGAUAUAUCUAUUAAGAGGCAAACUGUUAUGCGGACUGUACCAGUAGAGUAUUUUAUACAUUCCAAGUCUAAUUUUAUAUACAAAUUACUAUUAAAAAUUAAAUAGUUUUAAGUGUGUAAAGAGGUACACAAACACUCACGAAAAGGACAUAACGAUUUAUUACUUUGAGCAUUUUUGUUUGCUUUAAUGCAACGGAUACAUAAAAAAAUAUAAAAUUUAAUUAUAUUACAAAACUUAAUUUUACAUAACAUAAUUUGUGCCGUAUAAACAUAAAUAAAUACAAAGAAACACUUAUGAUUUUAACCUAAUUACAUACAGUCUCUGGGAACAACAUCCAGAUUUUGAAGCAAAAUAAUGACACUAUAAACAUAUUACUUCAAAUCGAAAAGUGAAUUGACAAGGAAAAUCAUCAAGAUUCUUUAAAUAAUAUAACCAACAUAAAUUGACCAACUUUUGUUAAUAAACAUGUACCCGAGGGUUUUGUUAAUUCCAA